GUCUUGUUCAAGUGUCUUAACUUGUAGCAGCCACUUGGAACACUCAGUGGAUGCGGCGCGCACAUCAGCUCACUCAUCCUAUUGAAGAGCAGAGGGGAAGUCAGACGAUCCGAACCCAUUUGAGCACUUUUACGCACGGACAACAGCCGGACCAGACUUCUUAACUUUUAUUAAUUUAAAAAAUUCCUGCAGCCAAACAUGGAGCGAAAAAUCCCCGAUUUUUCUGGCACCUGGGAGAUGAAAAGUUCUGAGAACUUUGAGGAGCUCCUAAAAGCUUUAGGUGUGAACGUGAUGCUGCGCAUGAUUGCGGUGAAGGCGGCCUCCAAGCCACUAGUGGAGAUCACGCAAGAUGGAGAGACGCUGUCGAUUAAGACGUCGACUACAGUUCGCACCACUCACAUCACCUUCACGGUGGGACAGGAGUUCAACGAAAGCACGGUGGAUGGGCGUCCAUGCACGAGUUUUCCGGUUUGGGAAACGGACAACAAGAUCAGCUGUGAGCAGACGCUGCAGAAAGGAGACGGACCCAAAACGUCCUGGACCCGAGAGAUCACCAGUGACGGCAAACUGAUUCUGACCAUGAGAGCAGACGAUGUGAUUUGCACCAGAGUGUACGAGCGACAAUGAAAAGAGCACUACUCCCUUCUCGUCCUUCCAGCAGCCUCUUCCUCUUUCCCAUCACGUCCUCCAACACUACUUCUUAUGCUAGUUAUAGUUUGACACUUUCCCCUGUAACUUUAUCCAUUUAUAAAGUGUAGAAGUUGCGUGUCGCACACAUUUUUUUUUUUUGUGGCCCUGUGCCUCCAGAGUGCCUCAACAAGAGUGUUAAACAUGCAAAUGUUUGCUUCACAGCAUGCUGGAUUUUUCCUAGUCUCAUGUCUGAGGCUUUGUUUGUGCGACUUGUGUGUGUGUUUGAUGGUUGUGUGGGAGCAGACGAGGUGUGAGUCUAAAUCUGUAGAUGUGUAAACCAAUCUUUGAGCUCUUCCAGUAUCAGGUCAGCUUUGAUGUGUCCAGCUGACCUCUCUGUUUCCGAAGCCACGCCCCCUUCGAUUUUUCUAUCUCAUUCUAAUAUUGUUUAUUUAUUACUACACUAGAAUUGGUUUUUACUUUGUGUCUCUUUUAUAUGAAACAGGAUUGCAACACUUUCUAUGAGGAAAACAAUAAACCACAUCUUUAA